AUGCGCGGAGGGUGGGGGGGGCGCGCGUUGUUGCCGCGUCACGUGAUCGGCGGAGGGGGCGUGGUCUGGGCCUGCAGCGGCGUGAGGAGCGCCCCCGCCAUGGCUGAGCAGAUCCAGAAGAAGCUUCAGGGAGAGUUGGAGAAAUACCAACAACUGCAGAAAGACCUGAGCCGCGCCGUGGCCGCACGGCAGAAGCUGGAGGCGCAGCUGACCGAGAACAACAUCGUCAAGGAGGAGCUGGAGCUCCUGGAUGCCUCCAACCCCAUCUUCAAGCUGCUGGGGCCGGUGCUGGUGAAGCAGGAGCUGGAGGAGGCCAAGGGCACGGUGGGGAAGCGCCUGGAGUACAUCAAUGGGGAGAUCCGCCGCUACGAGCAGCAGAUGCAGGACCUGGAGCGCCGCUCGGAGCAGCACCGGGACGCGCUGGGGCGGCUGCAGCAGGAGCUGCAGCGGGGACAGGGCAAGGCCUGAAAGGGGGGGGGGGGGGCCCCAUGGGGC